AUGAAAAGCCCAACUCGAAUCGAUCUUAGCACAUUGCCGAACCAGUUUGGAAAACCAGAAUGCGAUUUUUGUAAGUCAGGAAACUUUCCAAUUUGUGAACACCAUACACUUUAGCGGGAAUCGAGGUAUAUGUUGUCGCAAAAUGGGGGAAUCCGACAAGCGAAGAGCAACGGCGUCCAAAAUCUCAUCGAUUUCGCCAAGGAACGGAUGAAAAGUUCCUUCGUCGAGGUUUUGUCAAACUUCUGAACAUCAAAAUCGAGUGGAAUUGA